AUGGAGGCCCUACAUCGGUUUUUCACGAUUGGGCUGGCUACACGGCUCGAGCCGCUGCCGGCUCUGAGCUACGAUGUCGUGCCUGUGCAAGAAGGUGAUGGCCCUAUCGACGAGAGCUCUCAUCUGGGGCAUGGCCAGUGGCUCAAGCCCCGGAUGACCCCGUUUGCGCCCCUGACGUUCGAGCGCGCCAAGCAGUGUGCGAUGGAGCCAUGGUUCCGGACAUGCGUCGAAGCGUGGACACGCGUAUUUCGUCUCCUGGACGCCGUCGACCAUGACCCGCACUUUAGCCGCCUGCGCCACUUUUUCGAUACUAGGCGGCCGGCGGAGGUGGACAACGCGGCCGAUGGGAGCGAAGAGGCGUCUCGGCCGCUCGAACGCAAGGUCUCUACGCACAGCGGAUCUCACGCGCCGAUUCGAUGGCACUGGGCGCGCCGAGCGAAUGAAGCGUCCACCGAUGCGCAGACGGCCCCUGCCGCGUCCUCCUACGACCAAUGCGACUUGUUCAUGGAGGGUCACGAGUACGGACAGGUCCGCUUCCCCGUGCGAGUCGAUCUAGACCGCAUUCAUCUCGCGCACGCGCGCUCUUCAUCGCGUUCCGAGGUCUCCGACUCGCCCGAGGACGACCCGUCCGCACGCAGCGAUGCAUCACAACGCUCCUUCGUGCAGCGCGUGUUGGAUCGGCAAUGGAGACGCGGUAGUCAGGCCUCAUCGAACGCAGCCGCACGUCCCGACAGCAUCGGCGAGCCGUGCGCCAUGGACGACUCCGAUGACGAAGAGGGCCUCGAGUCUCCGCGUCACAACGGCGACGAGUUGCUGCCUCUUCUGCGCGUGGCUGUACACUACAGUGCCGGCAGCGCCUGGCGCUACGGUGAUCAGGACCCGUUGCCUGUGAUUCUCAUGCAGGCAUGGGCCGAUGCCGUCGGCUGGGAAGGCAUCAUGCAUCUGUGCUACGGCCAGCACAGCGCCAGUCAGACAGAGCAUGUGUACUCGGCCCUGGGGCGCGCUGCCGACAUAUCCUUGCAUCAGCGGGAGAAGCAUGAUGCCGUGCUCUCCUGGCUGGACAAGAUGCAGCACGGUGACCAGGAACCGAAGCCCCAGGCGCCGUGGGACACGACGUCCAAAGCGCCAGUGGCUUCGGUCGGCCAGCGAUCCGCGCCGGGCCACACGCGCACAUGGGACGACUGGCAGCGGCUCUUUUCCAGUCUGUCUUCGUGGGUCUCUGAAUACGAAACGGCCCGCGUUCGUGCGUGCUUGGCGCACGAGUACGGCAAAGAGCCGGCCUACUCGACCCGACCGAACGACGUCCACGCGAACAUCCCACCCAGCGUAGCGCAGGACAUGCUGCAAGGUGCUCAUGGCUUUUGGCGCCUGGAUGGCAUCCCUGAUGCCCUCAGGCAGCCGGACACACAGCAGGAGCACAUGGACUACCGGUGGGCUCGUUCCAGACUCGAAAGUGGGCAGAUCGGCACACCCCUGGUGCUGGCGACCGCGGCCGUCCAGUUCUGUCUCAAGCAGCUGUCCUCGGCGUCGUGGGUCUAUCGCAGCGCAUGGGAGCUCGAUUACCUCGAUGGGUGCAUCUUGCAGUCCAGCAUCAUGCGGGAGCGUUUCCCACCGCCCGGCGAGUCGCCCGCUCCGUCCCUCGAUCCAGCGAAUGCCACACGCGACCGGCACGUACCCUGUCCGUACCCCAGCACGUCCGGCGCAUGGGAUCCCGUCGAGUGGCGCUCCUGGCUCGGCACGCUCCAAGACGGCCAGGUGAUCGUGCCCGCCGUGUCAUGGCAGGGCUGGUGGACACUGCUGGCUGUGCUCAACGGCGCGGACCGCUCCGGACGUGAAUUUGACUUGCAAGUGCGGGCUCCCGGAGAUCCCGUCCACCCGGAGGAAUUUGGUUCUAUUUAUUUGUAG